CCUCAACACUUAUCUCUUCAUUUACGAACGACUCAUUCUAAACCAGUAAACCGCCACCUUUGAUUGUUCUAGUUCAUACGUUUGUGCACACAAAAUGGGAUGUUUCGGAAUAAUAUGUUGUGUUCCAAAGUGCAUCUUCAAAAUCAUUCUCUCUAUUCUCAUUGCCCUGGGGCUAGCAGUUCUUAUUGUUUGGUUAAUCCUCCGUCCGAUAAACCACUUGAAAUUCAACGUCACAGAUGCUUCACUUACCCAGUUCAACAUCACUGGCAACGACAUGCUUCAUUACGAUCUUGCAGUAGACUUGAACUUGAGAAACCCGAACAAGAAAAUCGGUGUUUACUAUGAUCAGAUUGAAGCUAGAGCGUUUUACGAUGGUCGAAGAUUCGAUUCGGUCAUGUUAACACCGUUCUAUCAAGGCCAUAAGAAUACCACUAUUCUUCGUCCAGUGUUCAAAGGGCAAAGGCUUUUACCAAAUGUACAAGGUGAAUAUAAUAAAGAUAUGGUAGAUGGGAAAUUCAACGUUGAAGUUAAACUCUAUCUUAAGAUGAGAUUCAAAGCUGGUGUUGUUAAGACUACUAAGUUCAAGCCUAGAGUUAAAUGUGAGUUUGAAGUCCCUUUGGCAGGUUCUAAUCCUGCAAUUGGCUUCACGCCUAAGAAGUGCGGAUACGGUUACUGAUUCCGUUCAUUGUCGACGAUACUGUCUAUAGUCUAUUGAUCAUUUUUUGUAUAUGUUGUUUCUAGCUUAAUUUUUUAAUUUGUUUAGUACAUUAUUUAUUUUUUAUGACAGUAUUUGUUACCAAAAUGAUUGUUCUUAUUGUCAAACAUUUGUUUUCUUUGCUCUC